AUGACGUGCAAAAAGGCUAAAAUGCGUCCGUGUAAUGUGAAAUUUAUUUGCCUUCCCGUGAGACCGGGCUGCAUAUAAUAUAAUCGUUUGAAUCCAUUUUACACAGAAACAGGACUCUGGAUUUUGUCCCCCAUCACUCACAUUAGAAGCCCAUUGAAGGGUCCUGGUAUUUGUUUAAGAUGACAGAUUUGGACAUUUGUCCUUUAAUAAUAAGUUAGGGACGAGGAGAUGGGACAGUGAUGGAUUAGGAGGACACUUUGGUCAAAGCUCUUGUAGUCUGGACUGUGCCCCACUAAAGGUCAAUCAAGAUCAUACAUGGAUUAUUGCACAGCGGCAACAUUGGAGCUGGAUGUCCAGUUGCUCUCUCUACUGCAGUCUACAUUCCCUGCUGUCCUGAUCACAGCUGACAUUGUGGAGGGCAGCGCUCAGCUCACAGAAUUCAAAGCUCUGGUAGCAAAGACCACCAACCUUCAGAAGAUUCCAUUUGCUUGGCAUUUCAUGAGAAGUGAGAACUAUGAGAGGGAAAUCAAAGCAAACAGAGGCAUGAAGACAUUCGACCUCAUACACAUGGUUCAUAUGAUCUACUAUGUGGAUAACCUCGCCGAUACUAUCAAGUUCUAUCACAGCCUUCUGAAGAACAAUGGCAGGCUUAUGAUCAUUGUUUCAACAGCUAACUCUGGCUGGGACACCCUGUGGAAGACUUACAAGGAGGAGCUGUGCAUUGGUCGCAUCACAGAGUACUGCACAUCGGUAGAUGUUACCGCCUGCCUGAAGAGCCUGGGACUGAAAUACGAGGAGCACGUCAUUCCCAUUACCGUCGACAUCUCUGAGUGCUUCGAUCCAAGCAGCCAGACUGGAGAACAGCUGCUGAAUUUUUUCACAAUGAAAGAUCACUUCCACCAGUCCUUCACCCCGGAGAUCAGAGCAGGCAUGUUAGACCUCCUCAGAAACAAGUGCAGCACUGAAAAAGAUGGCAGGUUAUUCUUUAACGUUGAUUCAAGCUGCAUACUUGUUUAUGCUUGAGUAUGUGCUAUGGAAAAAAUGUUCAUAUAUUCUGAUUUCUCUUCUUGUAUCCCUGCCAUUUGAUCAAAAGUACAGUGUAUUUUCUUGUUGCUCAGAUUAAGUUUACCAUGUGCAGUAGGCCUAGUAUUCAGUCUCUUUAGUCUGUAUUCACCUCAUUUACUCUGUAUGUGUACAGAAAUGGUCAAUAAAAUCUAUUCAGGUGCUAUUUAUAAAAUCACUGCCACAGACUGUGUGCCUUAUAAAACAUUAUAUCUUUAUAUCAAAGCCUUGACUGACUGACACAGUUUUAGCCUCUUGUAAACGGAUUUCUGUGCAACAUCAUCAAAGAGAUGCGCCCCCUAUAAAAUGUAUUUACUGGUAUUAAUUUAAAGUGUAUACUGUAUUAAAGUGUAAUUGUAAAUUUGUAA